CCCCUCCCCUCGCGUAUAUCUCCCGACCUCGCCCCCGACCUCGCGAGCGCCGACCCCGACCUCGCCCCCGACCUCGCGAGCGCCGACCCCGACCUCGCCCCCGGCGGCCCCUUCCUCCAUAGCUUCUCCCACGGGCCUCAGUCCCUACCGCCGCCUCAGCCUUCUCACGCCGUCGGCGCCGCCGCAGUCCCUAUCGCCGCCUCAGCUUUCUCACGCCGUCGGCGCCGCCGCAGUCCCUACCGCCGCCGACGAGCUUCCCCCACGGCCCCCCUUCUCCGGCGCAACCGGUAUUCCGGCAUUCUCUCCGGUCUAGCCUGUCGAGGGGAAGGCUUGGGACGAGAUAAUGGCAAGCCUUGCUGAUUCGUUCUUGGCUGAUCUUGACGAACUUUCAGACAAUGAAGCCUACCCUGAAGAAGACAAUGCUGAGGCAGUGGGUAUGGAUGAGGAUGGUGACGAUGAUAUGCCUGACCUUGAGUCUCUUAAUUAUGAUGAUCUUGACAGCGUCUCAAAACUGCAGAAGACACAACGUUAUUCUGACAUAAUGCAAAAAGUUGAAGGAGCACUUGAGAAAGACACAUAUUUGUCUAAUCAAGGGUUCAUCCUGGAGGAGGAUCCAGAGUACCAGCUUAUUGUAGAUUGCAAUGCCUUAUCAGUAGAUAUUGAGAAUGAGCUCAUUAUAAUACAUAAUUUCAUCCGUGACAAGUAUAGGCUGAAGUUUCCUGAACUGGAAUCCCUUGUUCAUCAUCCGAUUGAUUAUGCCCGUGUUGUUAAGAAGAUUGCAAAUGAGGUGGAUAUAACACUAGUAGAUCUGGAAGGGCUCUUGCCUUCUGCAGUUAUAAUGGUUGUCUCUGUGACAGCAUCGACAACUAGUGGGAAGCCUCUUUCUCAAGAGAAUUUGGUAAAAACAAUUGAAGCAUGUGACAGAGCCCUUAAUCUUGAUGCUGCAAAGAAGAAGGUGCUUGAUUUUGUAGAGGGUAAAAUGGGUUACAUCGCACCAAACCUAUCUGCAAUUGUUGGCAGUGCUGUUGCUGCAAAAUUGAUGGGAAUUGCUGGUGGUUUGGGAGCACUUGCAAAAAUGCCUGCUUGCAAUGUUCAGCUACUUGGAGCAAAGAAGAAAAAUCUUGCUGGAUUUUCUAGUGCCACAUCUCAGUUUCGUGUUGGCUAUCUUGAACAAGCCGAAGUAUUUCAGAGCACUCCUCCAGCUCUGAGGACCCGUGCUUGCAGGGUUAUAGCUGCAAAGGCAACUCUAGCAGCAAGAAUUGAUUCAACUAGAGGUGAUCCAACUGGAAAAGCUGGCCGCAACUUGUUAGAAGAAAUUCGCAAGAAGAUCGAGAAGUGGCAAGAACCACCUCCUGCAAAGCUUCCAAAACCACUUCCUGUUCCAGAUUCCGAGCCUAAAAAGAAGAGAGGUGGUCGCCGCCUUCGAAAAAUGAAAGAAAGAUAUGCGGUGACUGAUAUGAUGAAGCUUGCAAACCGAAUGCAGUUUGGCAUACCAGAGGAGAGCUCAUUAGGUGAUGGUUUGGGGGAAGGUUAUGGCAUGCUUGGGCAGGCCGGAAGUGGGAAACUACGUGUCUCAGCUGCGCAAAACAAACUUGCUGCUAAAGUGGCAAAGAAAUUCAAGGAGAGGAGUUAUGGUAGCGGCGGUGCAACAUCUGGACUGACAUCUAGUUUGGCCUUUACACCAGUUCAGGGAAUAGAGCUGUCAAACCCACAUGCCCACGGCAACCAUCUUGGAAGUGGAACCCAGAGCACCUAUUUCUCUGAGACGGGCACAUUUUCUCGGAUCAAUAAUAGGCCAUGACCGAGCUUGGAAUCUGAAGGCAAAAAGGUCCUGAGAUUAGAAGAGGGGAUCGUUCCCCGGCCCCAGCGAUUCCAUCUCAUUCUGCACACAACACUCAAGAGUUCCUGGGAUUCAUGCACUUGCACAGAAUCAGCUUGUAUUCUCAGCUGUAUCGCGGGGUUUUGUAAUGUAAGUACACAAAGCGCACUACAACAUCACGAGGUCUGAAGUCAGGCAGUACCCAACGUUACCUAUGCUUCGAGCGUCAAUAAUCGUUCUAGAAAACCCGCUGGAAUUGAAUUGUUGAACUGUCUUGCCUGAAACAUCUGCCAUGCUGGAUCAUUCCAUUACCACAAUGCGAGUUGAGCUUUGAAUGA